AUGGUCGCCAUCACAUCAAUUACUCUGGCAACCGCAACGCUAAUCAGUCUCACCACUGCUAUCCCAGCACAGUCAGUUCAGUCUACUGGUGUAAUACACCGCGUCUUUGCUGGCUCUACAACCGCCAACAAUGGCCUUCACUUCGAGCCUGAAAACGUCGUGGCUGAACCUGGCGAUCUAAUGGAAUUUCACUUUCUUCCUAAAGCGCACACGUUUGUGCAAUCAUCGUUCGACAAACCAUGCGAGCCUCUCGGCGGUGACAACGCGAUUUUCUCCGGCUUCAACUUCAACACUACUGCAGGAGAGGCGCCAAAUGUCUUCGCCUUCAUGGUGCCAGACAAGAACCCGAUUUGGUAUUACUGCUCUCAGCCCAACGGUAACCACUGCCAAAAAGGCAUGAGCGGUGUGAUCAACCAGAACUUCAACUCCAACAAGACACUGGCAAAGUACAAGGACAAUGCCGCCAACACCGUCACUAAGCAGCCUUCUAUCGAUCCGCUUGCUUCUCAAGUUGGGAUGAUUCUGCCAAACGUGCCUUUAUGA